AUGAAAUUGUGGCUGCUGUUUCUUUCCCCAAGCUCAGAAAGGAAUUGGCUGCUGCAACUAGGUCGGUGUCGUAGUGAGUUUUUCCUCUUCCAUGGCGUCUCUUCUGAGCCCAUCUUCCACUUUCCCUCUCCGAUACAAGGUAAGUUGCUUGAGCUUUAGCACCAUACCUGCAAACUUUCUUGCCUUACCACCAAGCGAAAAAAGCCAGGCUGUUGUGAGAAAUGGUCGAUGUAAUGGGCAUUGCUUACCCACUCAAGCUAAGAUGUAUGUGGAAAGUGACGUAUUGGUGAAAGAAUCUAGUAGUGUUGAUGAUAGCAAUGAUAUUGGAGUUAUGAGCAUUCACCACGUUGGAAUUCUAUGUGAAAACCUUGAAAGAUCACUUGACUUUUACCACAAGCUUCUGGGUCUUCCAAUAAAUGAGGCAAGGCCAGAUGAUAAGCUUCCAUAUAGGGGAGCUUGGUUGUGGGUGGGUUCUGAGAUGAUCCAUUUGAUGGAGCUUCCAAAUCCAGAUCCCUUAACUGGACGACCCGAACAUGGGGGACGAGAUCGUCAUUCUUGUAUUGCAAUUAAGGAUGUAUCUAAGCUGAAGGCAAUCCUUGAUAAAGCUGGUGUUCCUUACACACUUAGCCGAUCUGGGAGGCCUGCAAUCUUUACAAGAGAUCCUGAUGCAAAUGCACUUGAAUUUGUGCAAUUGGAUCACUAAUACUUCAGCAUCCAUAGUGUAUACAUAAACUUGUAAUAUCACUGUUUCUUUUAGUUAUGUUAUUUCUCUGCACACCACAUGUUGUACAUAUUAUCAAUGUCAGAUGUAUGAGAUACAUUGUUUCUUCAAGUCAGUGAGGCUUGUACAGUGAUCUGUUAUUCAUAAAGAAGGGAUUCAAAAUUUGUGGUUCA